CUCUAGUGACACCAGUGAUACAGCUUUUACAAACUCAAAAACUUGUUGCGUGUCAGACCGAAUCAAAUUUAUUUUGCAGACGCAUAGUGAACUACCAAAUCGUGUGCAAUGCAGACUGACGGGACAAUUUUAGAGUUGCGAGCUCGGCUUGCAGAAGCUAAGACGCGUGGGGACAAUUUUUGUCUGAUAAAUCGUGAGCUGAAACAAGAUUUGACUGAACGGGCGAAUUACAUCAAAUCGUUGGAAUCCGACGAAAAAAGAAUGGAAAAACAGCUGGAGUUGGCUGACGAGAAAUAUCGAGUGCUGUGGGCUGAGUUGUCUGAAGUAAAAUUGACACUUCAAGGGAAAGAGCACCAAGUGGAUCAUCUGAACAGUGAAGUUGGGAGUUUGACGACGCAUUUGACUUUAUUGAAGGAUUCAAAAGAGGAACAGGAUGUUGAAGUCAGCAUGCUAAAGACCGCAUUGGAACAAUACAAAAUGAAAAUGGAAGAAAAAGAAUCGAAGAUCUCUCACCUGAAUCUAAAAAACCAAAUUCUGAAAAAUCAACUGAAGGCUAAGACACAACGAUUUCGCGAAACAUUAGAGAAUGAAAAUCUGAUCAAACAAUUAAAGGAGAAGCUUGAGAGUUAUCUCCUUCAAAAAAAUCAUUUUUUGCAAAAUUUGUGGUACUGCGAAGAUUGUUAUUCCAGUCAACGGAAGCUGGAGGAACUUGAGCGCAUUCGACGAGACCACAAUCAAAUGCAAGAGGAAAACAGAGAGCUAACCGAACGGUUGUUGUUUUGUGAAGAAGAGAACAACCAUCUCAAAAACAAAAUAAUGAGAGAAGGGGCCGACUACGCAAAGAAACUUGGAAUGCUUCAAAACGAGAUUGAACGUGAAGUGUUGACUAACUGUAAUCCAGUAUCGCAAAAGAGACCAAGAGAAUUUGCUGAAGGAAGCGCCGACUCAAAUAUACCAGUUCGAGAUUUAGGAAACGAUCGACCGUCAGCGACUACGAGUGAAAGUGGAUCGUCUGUCUUUCGAACAGUUACUCCUGUUGCUGACAUACACCCUGAGCCGGGUACGUCUGACAGUUCACAUAGUAAGAAACCACGUUUAGCCAAACAGAAAAAAAAUGUGACAAAGAAAUCGGCUGAAGGUGUGGCAACAUCAGCAUUUCGUACUCCUAAUCCAUUGAAAAAAUUACGAUCCGACCAGGUGUCAACUCCAUCAGUACCGUCUCGAGUCACCACACGGUCAGCCGUUAGGAAUGAUGUCAACGAUGCUGAUCCUAUCAAUAUUGUAGAUAAAGAGAACAAUGAGAAUGACGAGAAGGAUACUGCCACAGGACAUAGAAACGAUAUGUCACAUGAUGACUCUGUAGUGAUUCCAAAUUCCAAGGGUGAAAAAACGAUCAUUGGUGAAAGACUGGUCGUCCUCGAGCAGAUUGAAAGCCGAAGAAACUCUGCUGAAAUUGAAACAAACCCUGACAAACCUGAUUCCGAACCGAUUUUAGUUGAUGACGACUCUGUCGCUGAUAAAGAAAAUGAAGAUGGCAGAUCGGAAAACAGCGAGAACGAAUCACUGAGCGACGAUUUCCUGAAACCAUUAGAACAAUAUGUCACUCAGAAUCAGACAUCAAAGCCAGUAGGUAAGAAAAUUUUUCGAUAAGAAAAACGUUUGCUCUCA